ACCGUGUUGGAUGUUGUUGGUGUGUGGAUGAUUUUCAUAGAUUUUCAUAAUUUCUACUCACUUGUUUUAACUUUGUUUUAAAUUCAUUUGUUGUGUACACUACUUAGCAUCCAAAUCAAAUUGUCAACAGACAAGAAUAGCAACAACAACAGUUAGCAGCAACCGUAAAAUUAUUAAAUACAAAAAUUGUAUUUUAUUCAACCUGGUGAUUUUCUUAUUUGUGUUGUAUAAAAUGGUCCUGUGAAAUGUUAUAAUAACUCGGGUUUCUCUUUUCGUUUUAAAACCAUUUUCAAACUGUGAGUGUAUGAGUGGUGCGGAUUAUUUAUAUUUUGUGUUUUUCAUUGGCAAGCAAACUUUUUAUUCUGCUCCAUUUCGACAUAGAAUUGGUUUUUUUUUCAUGUGUAAACAAAUCAAAAUCAAUCCUUGUUAAUCGGAAUAACAAAUAAAUUUGAAAGUUUUUUUUUGGUAUCGUUGGUGGGAGGGAAAAACACCUCAAAAACGGUAUAUAUAAAACGCACACUAUAAAGCGAAAUGUGCUCUGACAAACGCGAAUUUUGUCAGCAGCAGUAGGCAACAACAACAAGACCAAAACCAGUGCACGAAUAAAGUUCAUGAACAAAAAAUGAUGAAACAAAACUGAAACAUUGGCUGAAAAUCAUUUAUUUAUUGACUUUUCGUACAGAUUUACUUUCGAUUGUUUUGUUUGCUGCUUCGUUUGUUGCCAAAAAGAUCAGUGUCUGUGUUAUUGUUUUCAAUUGUAUUAAUUUGAAGCGAAUUGCAGCGAAUGAACUGAAUAAAAAAGGCGCGCUCGUUCAUUAGGAUCAUGUGCAUACUGACAACGUGUAUCAAUUGAGUAUUCAAACGGCGCUUUGUGUUUGUAUUCGAAAGCGUGCCCCGAAUGAUGUAAGUUCAUAGCACACACACACACACGUACCAAAUCUAAAUAAUAACCGACAAAAAGCAAGGAGGUCAUGAUGCAUAUCUCCUUGUUCGACGAUUGAUCAUGUGCUUGUGAAUAUGUGGCCUGACAAAUGCGAUGUGUCAAAAUUCCUCAUAUCGCAUAUUCAUUCAAAUUUUUUGCCGAAUAACCAGAACAACAAACAACAAAUAACCAUAUGUAGUUUUGAACAAAAUAAGAGACAGAAGAGAAUACGGUUUGUAAAGCAGCGGCGGUGUUAAUCUACGCAAAUUACGAAAAAACUAAUCAAUUAUUCAUCGGAUUUACAUUAGCAAAUUUUCGCUAUAGCAAACCACAACCAAAUGCAAUAGAAAAAAACAAGAACAAGAAAAAAUCACCCCCAUAGCAAAAAAGUGUAUUCAAAACUGAAACAAAAGAAAAAACCCAACACCAUAUUUGCAAUUUAUCACGAAAAACCAAUCGCCAACGGAAAUAAAGCGAGACGAGAAACUAAUUCAGUUUUAAUUGCUGCCCCGUUAGAACGACGGAGACUGACGAAUUAAAUCCACUAAACAACCACAUACAGAGUUCGUCAAUCGGUGAUAUCGUGGUGUUAGCUGUUUUUUUGGAUAAUUCAAACAAAACUAUCACAUUUGUGAACGAUAUAAAACGAACCACACACUCAUACUGUGUAGAAAUCAAUACAAAAUCACCGAAAAAUUGAUUGUAUUAUCCAAUUCACAAAAAAGGUAAUAUUGAUAGCGUAUUUGACAAGAGAGAAUCAUACACGUCAUAAUUUUAAUACAAUUUUGGCAGCGGCUUGUCAAUAACUACACAGAAGGCCACCCUCGUAGAUGAAUAUUUUGUUUGAUUGAGUGAUAGGUGAGAGAGAAAAUCGGAACGCUUUUGAUAUCAGUUAUAUGUCCGGUUCCGAAACGCAUCCAUUUUUACUUCGUCGGGACCCCAUUGAAAACACGAAUGUGUGAACAUUGGUUGUAAGUUCAAUAAAGAGUACCUUCAACAAUAUACAUAUCAUUUAACAAACAUAUCAGCACAUACAUACGCUUGCCUGAAUAUAAUUACAUUGAUUGUCUUUAUAUUCACGUGCUUUGUGCCAUUACUUAAUUUGAAUUAGAUGUGCGUGCAAACAAACUAACAAAAACAAAACUUCAAACGCAAAAGAAAGCGAAUCGGAUCGCAACAGGGAAUUCAGUACGUUGUCAAGCAAAAAAAAAAACAGAAACCAAAACAACAACAGCACCACCAACAAAAACCGUUUAGCAUUUUAACGUCAAAUUCUCUAACACAUACAUUCAUAACAUAUCGCGUUCUACAUACACACCGUUUGUGCUGUUGUAUAUAUACAUACGACCUUAAAGACAUGAAUUCAAAUGAAUUAUGUGUUCAUUUCACGAUGGAAAAUAUAUUAUGUUAAGUAUCAAAUGACAGAUCAAAUGCGAUUAGUUAACAUUAUUGUGCGGCUAAAAUUAAGCGUCUUCAUAUAAAUAUAUAGUGUACGAAAAAAAAAGAGAAAAAUAAUAAUAUAACAAAUCGAAUGAAAAUUGUAUAUCGUGCUGUUCGGGCGUUGCUUUUACAAUUUGGAACAAAUCAACGAUGAAUGGCAAUGUUCAUUGGUAGACACGACAACGAUGAUGAUAUCGACACAAUGCGGCUCAACUUUCAAACGCCAAUUAUAGAAAUAUAAUCACCGUAGACUACACAAACUGGAACUACAACAUUUUGCAACUUGUUGUGAUCGGCACACAUGAAAUUGAAGAGAAAUACACAUGAAAAAAAACAACAACAACAACAAAAUGAAAACAAUAUUGUGUGCAAACGAGAUGAGACGGGUAUCAUCAUCAUUAUCAUCAAUACCCUUUCAGCAAUGAGACACUGAAUUACUACCAAAUGGAAAAUUGAUUGUCAACAUUUCAAGCAGAACAGCAACGACGUCGAGGUUGACAACAAUAGCAACAUCACCAUCAGAAUGAUAUGCAUGCACAUAAAUCAAAUAACAAGCAAUGUUGUUGACGCAGACUGCAUGCAACAAUUAUUCAUUUUUAAUUAUCUGAGCAAAUACUAAAAAGUCUUUCUUACAACAAAAAAAACCGGAAGAAGAAAAUCCAAGAGCCAAGCAAGAAACUCAAUAUUUUGAACGAAUUUAAAAAAUAAAAUAAAAUAAACGUAAAUCGACAACGUUUGAUCGGUGACAACAAUACACAAUAAACAGGAAACGACGAGUGAAUAGAAUACAAAUAUUCUAUAGAGAGUGUGUUUGUGCGUUUGACGUGGGUGUAUUCACCCCGUCACAAAACCACCACGUUUUCCAUCUCAACAAAAGCGACGGUAGCGAGUGUUCGUCACAUCUAUAAAUCGGAAGUUUUGAUAAAUAAUUCCCAAUACAAAAUCUACGUUGAAAGCCAUUGAGUAAUUGUUGGUCAUCAUCUUCCGAUGGUAUUACAUCAACGAAGCGAUCAAAUAAAGGAUUGUUCAAUUAAAUUACCGCUGGAUAUUCCAUGGUUAAUCAAAACGGCAAUGAGGCCGGUGGGCCCGUUUGAUUCAUCAUCACCGUCCUUUGUACAACACAAUGAUUGCGUACUUGUUGUUGGAGUAUCCCGUCCAAAAUUAGCUGCUGCUUUUUUAACAAUUAUGAUUAUAUCGUUGUUUUUAACAUUUCAUGUGCUAUAUGAUAGCGCCAUCUAUAGCAUUCAGGCUGCUUCCAGUCCCAGUGCUUCGACAGAUGAUCGAUUCUCAUAUCUAUCGAAUCAGAUCUAUGGACCGAAUGAUGCGACAUCUGCAAUAAAAAAUUCAGUUGUUUUCCCUAGCAAAAUACAUUUUCCAAAAACAAGCAGAAGGCUUCCACAGGCACUGGUAAUCGGUGUACGAAAAUGCGGUACACGAGCGCUACUUGAGAUGCUGUACUUACAUCCGCGAAUACAAAAAGCGGCCGGCGAGGUGCAUUUUUUCGAUCGUGACGAAAACUAUUGGAAAGGUUUAGAAUGGUAUCGAAAAAAGAUGCCGCAUUCGUUUCGUGGUCAAAUUACCAUUGAAAAAAGUCCCAGCUACUUUGUCACGCCCGAGGUACCUGAACGUGUUAGAGCAAUGAAUGCCACAAUAAAAUUGUUACUGAUCGUUAGAGAACCAGUGACGAGAGCAAUAUCAGAUUAUACACAGCUACGAAGUCAUGCGGCGACUGCAACUCUUCCACAACAGCCACCAAUAACGCAACAACAGCAACAAUCAUCGGUGCCAAUGUCAGUGACAUCGUCAACGCCGUUGCUAAGCGCUGCUUCAAAAACAUUCGAAGAAUUGGCCAUACUUCCGAACGGCACCGUUAAUGAAGCGUAUCGACCAUUAACCAUAUCAAUGUACCAUUUGCACAUGCAUCGAUGGCUCGAGGUAUUUUCACGUGAACAGCUUUUAGUUGUAAAUGGUGACCAAUUGAUUGAAGAUCCGGUAUCACAACUACGACGAAUCGAAACAUUUUUAGGAAUCGAGCAUCGUAUAUCGAGGCGAAAUUUUUAUUUCAACGAGACAAAAGGUUUCUAUUGUUUACGAAAUGAUACAGCCGAUAAGUGUUUGCGUGAAACAAAAGGCCGUAAGCAUCCGCAUGUUGAUCCACAGGUGAUAUCAAAACUUCGAAAAUUUUUUGCUGAACACAAUCAAAAAUUCUAUGAACUGAUUGGCGAAGACUUGGGAUGGCCCGAAGAAUAAACAAUCACCAAAUCAACACCACCGCACACAACGUAAUGCAAGCCACUCAAAGUGAAAAUAUUUAUAAAUAAACUAACUAAUUCGAUAAAUAAGCAACAAGCCACGAUUGAACAAAGAAAAAAACAUUUUUUUUUAAAUAUUGGAGUGAUAUACGGAAAUGUAACAAAUAUGAUUCGAAUAUAAAAGCGAUACUAUUUGUUAAGGAAAUAUUGCUAAUAGCCGUACGCUCACUGAGUAAUGUGUCACAAAAUGAAAAGCAGCACAUUAAUAUUACUAAAUGACCGAGUAGAAAUGGAUUUUAUACGAAAAUGAAUGUGAAUUCAAUUAAGUAAGAUGCACAGGUUGUGCCGGUUUUAGACGACCAUUAGUUUAUCCCUCCGACGAAACAAAUAUCGAAUUUUGUAUUUGUUAUGGUCGAUCGACAAUUUCAAACCAAUAUGGAAAAAUGAAAAGAGAUCGACCGAUGAUACAGAAUCAAAUGAAAUCAAUCGCAUGAAUUACAUUAUUUGCAUCAAAGUGUUUGAAUUUAAAUUGAUCGAUUUGCUCGUUGAUGCAUACUUAUUAUAUUCCAUGGACACUGUUAAAUAUACGGUGAUUAGUGUCAGUGCGAUAUGACAAAAGAGCUUUUAUAGAUUUAAUUUUACCUAGCCACUUAACUCGCAUUGUGUGACUCACAUACCGUUAGUGUUCUCUUUUUUUUUUUGUUCUAACCCAUCACUCAUGAAGCUAUGAUGGUGGUGGUAGUGGUAAUAUUUUCGACGUUAACACAAAAUAAUAAGGGAACAUUUUCCAUAUUCCAUAUUGCAUUGAGUUUCUCAUUCAACACGAAAUGGAAAGUAAUCAAUUUGAAGUAAGCAUUUAUCAUAAUAUCACAUCUGCUGCGCGAACCAUACAUUUCUUGACUAUUUCUCUAGAGUGCGAGUGAAUUUUAAUGAAAAUAAAUAUGGAGAAAGGAAAUGUGUGUUAUUUUUUGCUACUCUAGCUCAACAACACGACGCCAAAGAGAGAAGGAAAAAAAAAAACUAAAGGCGUCUCUUUGAAAAAUGCGCCAUAAUUACAUGUGUAAUUUCAUUGUAUUUUACUUGUGUGAAGUGGUCAAAAUAACAAUCUCGUGUGUUUGUUUUUUUCUCCGAAUGUCUCUUUUCCCGUGCAUGUUCGAGGUUUUUCGUUUUAAGUCGUUUUCUAAUUUUUCAUUCAAUUUUAUCUUCCCUGAAAUGACCAAGAGAAUGGAAAACAAGUAAAAUACUACACAUUUGAAAUUGCUUUCGUUCUUUUAAUACAUAAUCACUUCAUUCUCUCUUUCUUACUUGGUUUUUGGUUUUUAUUGAAAAUCCUUGGUUUUGUAUAUCUUGCAUUCCAUUGAGGGAAAAGUUCAAUGUAUUCAAAUGAAUAGGCGACCAAACACAAGAGCCGUAUUAUGUGUGCAUUUAUUUGAGACCCUACCAUUUAUAUUCACAUUCAAAACUUGAAUACAUUUCAAUUUAAUUAAUUUUUACACAAUUUUAUCGGCCACAUAUAUACAAGUACUUAGUACAUACACUCCUUCAAAUGAAAAUUCAAUGUACGAAUUACUCGAAUGGUAUUGUGCCAAAUGGAUUUGUUUGCACAAAUAAAUUCAAUAAAAUAAGAUCAGAUGUAAUUAAAUUGUAAAAGAUGCACGAUCAACUUUAUCGAAAACUCGAAUGGCCUUCAUAUCUCAAAUAAAAAGAAAAACGAUGACUAUAAAACAAACCGAAUGGUAAUGCCAUUCUUGGCGGUCACAUGCAGUCAUUUCGAAAAUGGUGUAUGUGCUAGAUUGGAUGGGGUGAUGUACACAAAACAAUUUCGUCUCAUAUUGGUGUCAUUCAUAAUGCAUGCCGACGUGGUGCGCCACUCUGCUCUUUUACCGCCAUCGUCGCCUCUAUUUUGUUAUUUUCUUUUAUAUUGUGGUGCUGGCGCAAAGAAUUUAUCUAAAGAAAGGCAACAGACAGACCCAAGAAGAGAACCAUUGUGUAAAUAGGCUGCUCUGCAAUUACAAGAGACAGAAUAUAAGAAACAACAACAACAAAAUAACGGGUUUCCUAUAAAUCAUUGCUUGCGCCCCAUUUAUAACAUGCAAUCACUUUGUUCACCUUAACGCGAAAGCGAAUUGAACUGCCAUUUUCUGAGCAGCGAAAAUGAAAUGCUUGUAUUAUAUUUCAAUCUAUGACACCCGAACAAAAGUAACACCGAACCAACCGAAUGGCAAUGAGUGUGAAUAUGAACAAGAAAAAUGUGAAGAAAAAUCAUUGCUCACCAAUUGUAAGCGAUAUUCAGUUGUGUGCGCACCAAACAAACAAACUGAGGAGCCAACUGUCACGGUUGCCACCAUCAACACCGUUCACUGUGUGCGAGCGAGAGAAUUUCAGAAAAAAAAUCGCGCGAGAGAGAAAGAGAUAAAGAGAAAUAGAAAGUGAGCGAGAACGAACGCCAUUUGUUUUAUCAAGUGGUAUCUCAUUAUCGCUUGAUUUAUUGAAUAUUGCAACAUCAAUUCAAUGGGCAAAUACUAUUAUGAAUGCAUUACUCGAUAUUGUGCUCACUCUGAUUGGUGGCUGCAUUUACAGCGCUACUCUGACGUCGCCAUUCAUCGGGCACAUUCAUUCGCAGAAUUGUAUAAUCAUAAUGUGCUUCCAUUCGGACGAUUUAUAUGUCCUGUCGAUGCUGAUGAUAAGUGUUCAGAAAGCAUCUCCUUUUAUAAAUUUUGAGCUCGUUCACUUUUUCAUUCCUUCUUUCGUCGUUCUGAUGUUCGCACAUAAGUGAAUAGAUCGAGGGAAUACUUAUUUUGUGAUCGUCAUCUUAACCGGCAACAAACUAACAACUACGUGCUGCAAUUAAGAGUCGAACGAACGUGGUAAGAAAAACAUCACUCUCAAUGAAAAUAAAAAACAUAAAACGAAAAAGAAAACAAAGAAGAUUAAAAAAAGCUUAGAUAAUUUAAGAUGAAUGAGAACAUUAUAAGCAAUAUCUAAAUUUAUUAUCAAUAUCGCGAAAACAAAUAAACUAUAUGUGAAAUCAAGCGUCACAAACUUCAUUCGGUGGUACGUAAGUACACUUCUCUUAUAUUGAAUGAUAAACAACUGAAACUUGUUAUAGGAACAUUGAGAGCAUGAAUAAGCUUGUCUCAAAUUAAAAAAAAAUGAAACAUAUCAACAAAAUUAACAAACACAUAUCAAAAAAAGACAAACAACCUAAGAAACCUAAACAUAUCAAAUUAGGCGAUAGUUUUAAAUUAAAAAGAUGAAAAGUUUCAAGUGUAAAACAGAGAAUGAGAGAGAUAAACUCACAAACUCUAAUUUAAAUUGUUAAGCGUUUGAACUAUUUACAUUUUUAAGAA